AUGGCAGCUCAAGUAUCGGAAGAGGACGUCCUCCUCGCCAAGCGCAUCAUCUCCGCGGCAGAGCGCCACGACUUGCCAGCUCUCAAAGUCUUGCUUAAGGAAGGCUCAGCAAAUGUCCAGGACCCCACAGCAACAGCCGCAACUUCACCACUCCACGCGGCAAUCCUGUCUUGCGGAGAAGCAAAGGAUGGGAAAGAGGCGGACGGCGACGCAGUCCAAACCGUUGAUUUGUUGUUGCAAAAUGGUGCUAUCUGGAACGAUCUUAACAAAGAAGAUGAAACACCCGGAUGUGUUGCGCACCGCCUUGGCCAGAAGAAGAUCUAUGAGAAGAUCGUGGAGGCUGGUGUUCGUGCUGAACUUCUUUUUGCAAAGAUGCAGGCGCUCGGAUUGAGUGGCGAUGAUGAUGUGGAGGAUGAUGAUGAGAUCCUUGAGGAGCAACCCGCGGUCAAGAAGCAGAAAGUCGACAAAGAGACUGUGCAAGUGGUGCAAGAAGCAGUCGACGAGGAAAUACUGGACGACGUCAGCAAGGACAAUCUGGCCUAUCUCAAAAGUGAAUUACGUUACCGGGGGCACAUUUUAUUCGACGAGAGCGACAACGCCGUGAUGAUGGAUUGGGAGACGGAGAUCAUGCAGAGACACGCACAAACUCUUAUUCCUAAACCCGGUCUUAAGGUUAUGAACGUAGGACAUGGUAUGGGCAUCGUCGACACAGCAAUCCAGACGCACGAGCCGGCGCAGCACCACAUCAUCGAGGGUCACCCGCAAGUGCACCAGCGAUUGCGAGAGCAAGGUUGGUAUGACAAGCCGAAUGUCAUUAUACAUGAGGGACGAUGGCAAGACGUUCUGCCAAAGCUGGUAGAGCAGGGGGUUGUGUUGGAUGCGAUUUACUACGAUACCUUCGCUGAGGACUACGACGCGUUCAAAGAAUUCUCAUCCGAGUAUGUCAUUCAGCUUCUUGCGCCUGAGGGCAGGUUUGGAUGGUACAACGGUCUGGGCGCAGACAGACAGAUCUGUUACGACGUAUACACUAAGGUUUCGGAGAUUGACCUCCAUGAGGCGGGGUUCGAUACUGAGUGGGAGGACAUCAAGGUCCCUACAGGCCUGCAUGGAAGCAAGCAAUGGGAAGGCACUCGAAGGCCAUACUGGACCAUCGACGUGUACAAGCUACCCGUUAAUACGUUUGUGAGAUGA